AUGACAGCAGGAGCUCCUCUGCGCCUCUGGGUGCUCCUAGCGCUCCGGAUGAGGUGCGUCACCUUGCUCGUGCUCCCGCUGGACAGAGGGACGGCCCCGGGGGGGGAGGACGGGGUAAAAACUACGGGAACCGGGAGCAAAAAGCUGGACACGUUGUUACAUUUAAAGGAUUUACCCCGGGGUCCGGCCGUGGCUCCGAACAAGAAGGCUCCUCAGUUCAUGUUGGAUCUUUUUGACGCGGUGACGGUUUCCGAUGGGAGACCCAAGAGCCAGAAGGAGAUUCUGGAAGGAAAUAUAGUGCGGAGCUUCGAGGAUAAAGGUCAUGCUGGAGAGAGGUUUCACUUCUUCAAUCUGUCCUCUGUGGGCAGAGAGGAGAGGAUGAUCAAAGCAGAGUUUCGCUGGUUCAGAAAGAAACAGAAGUUCUACCUCGGAAAGUCAUUUGGGCCUCAUUUCUACAAGGUGGAUCUGUACGAGGUUCUGGACAGCCGAGUGAAGCCAUGGAGAGGAAACCUUAUCACCUCCAGACUGGUGCCUCUGCACACACAGGGAUGGGAAGUCUUCAAUGUCACUCAAACGGUGUCAAAGUGGAUCCGCAAUAGCCAGGAGAAUAACGGCAUCCUGGUGGUGACCACGCUCCCCUCUGGAAGCUGGAUGGAGUCAGCGAGGCCUCCGCCAUCCAAGAGAAGCGGAGAGCUGACGGACACCAACGCAUACCUGGUCCUCUUCUCAGACGACGGGAAGACAGGAGCGUCAAACCAGUCGUUCCUCGGACAGCCCCAGCCUGCACCCCCUGAGUUCCGGGAUCACCAUCACAGCAGGAGGCGGCGAGCGUCUCCAAGCUACCCCCCCCACAGCCGCUCCCAGUCCUGCCAGCGGGUUCCCCUCUUCGUGGACUUUGAGGAGAUCGGCUGGUCCGGCUGGAUCAUCUCCCCCCGCGGAUACAACGCCUACCACUGCAAAGGCUCCUGCCCCUUCCCGCUGGGGGGGAGCCUCAAAGCCACCAACCACGCCACGGUGCGCUCCAUCAUGCACGCCCUCAAGCUGUCCAGCGACGAGGUGGAGGCCCCCUGCUGUGUCCCCGACAAACUCCAGUCCAUCAGCCUGUUGUACUUCGACGACGAGGAGAACGUGGUGUUGAAGCAGUACGACGACAUGGUGGCGUUAAGCUGCGGCUGUCACUGACCCACUGACUCCUUCACAGAGACAAUGAGGGGUGGGGUGGAGACGCUUUGGAGUAAGACACUGUAUUUUGUUCGUGCACAUGUAUAGAUAUUGUAUUAUGUUGAGAAAUAAAACGAUUAUUCCUCAGAUUUUAAUCGGCGAUCCAGUUUAGUUUAGUCCAAAAGCAUCUCAUGGAGGAUUCCCAUAUCGAUUUGAAGUGAAAUAUAUUGUUUAACUGUCCAUACGUGAGAUUAUCUUUUGUUCUUAGUUGUGGAUUAUAUAUUGAUAACAUAAUUUAAUCUGGGACCAAUUGAAUUACCUCAAGGUCUGCUAAUGGGCCAUGGGUUAGCCAGCUUUCAGUGAGACAACUGAACCGUUGACUUUAAUUAAAUGUAUUAUGUCAACACAUAACUAUAUCAGGUUAAUUAUAUUAAGUUGAACCUAUUUACACUUAAUAUGAUUGCUUUUAACUAACCUGAUACAGUUAUGGGAAAUCUGUUGACAUGUCAGUGUAACUGAAGGUGUUUAUAAAUCAUCCAAUCACAUAAUCUUCUCUUAGACUGAGCUUUUUAAGUUUCCAGGAUGUCACUACUUGGAUUUGGUUACAUCUGAGCAUUGUGUGUAGUCUCUUGUUUAGACGUCCUUAACCUAAACGAGGGCAUGGAUCAGCUAAUUGCAUUUGAUCGCGUUUGCAAGGGUCAGCAAAGUUGUGACGCUGAAGAUGUUGUAAGGCAAAAUUGAAAUAGCAAUGAAAUGAACAGAAUUGUAAAUAGUCACAAUGGAACACUAAAUGGUAUCCAGAUGUUCAAACGGUUACAAUAAAAAGCCAGAGCUGGACGAGUAGCUGGAGUGUGAAUAAGAAUCUGGCUUUUGUUGAACCUCUAUGUCUCUAUAAUUGUAUUUGUGUUGGUAUUUAUACAGGCCAUUACUCACUUUCUCAUCGAGGGAAGUCUUGUUAUUACACUGACUGACCAGCAGGUGGCGGAAUUGAGGUCUGGUUGAAGAUCACAAAACCCAAACUCCAUCACCUUUAGAUCUGCAGACUCUGGAUCAGACUGUGAUUAUAUUCAGAAACACAAACUCAAAAUACACAACAGAUCAUUCAAGGUGAAAUGAAAGAAUCAAAGCUGUUCUAAAUUCUCCACUCAAUUAAUUUUCAUUAUUUUAUUAAUAAAGAAGUGAAAAUACCCAGUGGUAAAAUACAUUUACAAACAUGUGGGUUUAUUAGCCUGCCAUUACCAUUGUAGAAUAGUUCAAUCUUUAAUUUUACUGUAAUUAAAACACCAAUAAAACCAGCUCAAAUGAAUUCUAUUUAAACUAUGUAUACUUUAGAUCAGGGGUGUCCAAACUACAGCCCGGGGGCCAACUGCGGCCCGUUGUCCCCUUUCAACCGGCCCUCAGAAAGUUCUAAAAGUAUAUUUGAAUAUGGCCCACAAAUUGAACUUGUGCUUGUCUUAUAUUGUACUU